AUGUCCGAACUCGACGAGAAGGGCCGAGAGCCGCCCAUUGAAGUCCACAACAACUUCGACAACGAUUCCGCGCCACUGGUCGGAAGCAAGUCGCCCGGCGUCGUGCGAAUUGAGGCACUGGCUGCUCAUAUCACCUUUUGGAACCGCGUGGCUAUCUUCUUCGGCGUCUUCCUAAUCGCUUACGCCUAUGGGCUGGACGGGACUUUGCGAUACGCAUAUCAGCCGACCGCGACGUCCAGCUUCUCCAACCACUCUCUUCUCUCGACCAUUAACGUUGUACGCGCCGUGGUUGCUGCUGCGGCUCAACCAACCGCAGCCAAGAUUGCCGACGUUUUCGGCAGAGUCGAACUCGUCCUUGUUUCAGUCUUCUUCUACGUUCUGGGAACCAUUGUUGAAGCAUCCUGCCACAAUGUACAAGCAUUUGCUGCCGGUGCUUUUUUGUACCAGGUUGGAUACACGUGCGUAAUCUUGCUCGUAGAGGUGAUAGUCGCCGAUACCACCUCGCUUCGGUCCCGUCUCUUCUUCUCGUAUAUCCCCGCAGCUCCAUUCAUCAUCAACACCUGGGUAAGCGGCGACGUCUCCAGUGCGGUACUCGCCGCUACGACCUGGCGAUGGGGCAUUGGCAUGUGGUGCAUCAUAUAUCCCAUCUGUUCACUUCCUCUCAUCAUAUCUCUUAUGUGGGUCGGUCACAAAGCUAGGAGAGCCGGGUCCCUUGAGAACUACAAAACACCCUACCAGAUGUACGGCGGUAAGAAGCUUGCUCUGGCUCUGUUCUGGCAGCUGGAUGUCAUCGGCAUCAUCUUGCUGAUCAUGGUCUUUGGAUUCAUUCUGGUCCCCUUGACUAUCGCAGGAGGCGAGAGCGCACAAUGGGGGAAAGCGAAAAUCAUCGCGCCGCUUGUCAUUGGCCUCGUCACGGUGCCGGUCUGGGUCUGGUGGGAGAAGAAGGCGCCCCAUCCCAUGAUUCCUUUCCAUCUGUUCAAGGAUCGCGCUGUGUGGGGAGCCCUCGGUAUCGCCAUUACGCUGAACUUUGCUUGGACUUGCCAGGGCGAUUACCUCUACUCGGUCGUCGUUGUUGGCUUCAACGAGUCUAUCAAAUCGGCUACGCGCAUUACCUCGCUAUACAGCUUCGCAUCUACCAUCACUGGGAUCCUCCUCGGCGUGGUCGUGUACAAAGUCCGUCGUCUGAAACCUUUCAUCCUCUUCGGAACCUGCCUGUUCAUGGUGGCCUUCGGUCUUCUCAUCCACUACCGCGGCGGGACCGGUCGCAACACGCACAACGGAAUCAUCGGUGCACAGGUUCUGCUUGGUAUCGCAGGAGGCUUCUUCCCUUAUCCAGCGCAAGCCAGUAUCCAGGCGGCCACGAAACAUGAGCACGUCGCCGUCAUUACUGGGAUCUAUCUCGCCUCCUACAACGUCGGUUCCGCUCUGGGUAACACUGUCUCUGGCGCAAUCUGGACCCAAGUCCUCCCCAACGAAAUCAAUUCUCGCAUCAGCAACUCGACGGAGGCGGCGCUGUGGUAUGCCUCGCCACUUCAACAGGCGCCUUUGUAUCCGCCCGGCACGCCUGAGCGCGAUGCUGUGAUCGAUGUGUACAGACAUGUUCAGCGCCUGCUGUGCAUCACCGGAAUCUGUCUUUGUACGCUCCUCAUCUUCUUCGCUUGCGUCAUCAGGAAUCCGAGAUUGGGCGAUGAACAGAGUCUGCCGGAUGCGGAGCAGAAGACGGCAGCCCCCGAGGUACAGAGCAACAAGAGCAAGUUCGCAUUCUGGAAGCGCUAA